CCACGAGUCUUGCUCACUUCUUCACGUUCGUCCUUAUCUCCCUUUCGCGUGUGUUGGAUGAAGUCGCACCGCGAUGGACUCCUACCGACCAGGCGGCGGCGACCAUCGCUCGCGGCCGGAGUCAAACUCAUAUCGCCCAGAUCGCCGUGACGACCACUUCCGACCGCCGUGGGCUCCACGCGACGGGAACGACUCAAAUGGGAUGUACUACUUCAGAGGUUCUCGCGACGAAGACGCUCGAUCCCUUGACACGUACCGGCCCAGACCCAGGGAGCCUUAUAGAAGAGAUGGACCAGCUAGACGUGACCAGAUGCGAAGAUAUCCGCAGGCGCCACGGGUGGCCCAACGACCGCUGUUCAGACUCGAGCACAACCACGAGGACUCGUCCCUUCUUGAUCCUAAUGCAGAUUCCAAAUUUCGCAGUCUUGACCAACUCAGCGAUAGCGAGGAGGAGGCGAUGGACCUUUCGGAAGAUGAAGAGCUGGAACCACUCGCGAAACGAGCACGAAUCGAUAAAGAUGACUCGAAUACCGAGACCGCAGCGCCAAAGUGGUCAAAUCCUGAUCCAUAUACUGCUCUACCCCCGCCCAGCGAGGCAACUGCCAAGAGAACCGAUGUUCUGAAGCUGAUACGGAAGGCGCGAAUUGACGCCACCCCGCGCACCGAAACAACGUCCAAUCAAGCUGACUUCAUCUCCUUUGGCAUGGAUGAGGUCGAAUCGACGGACACUGAAGUCCAGCCUAAAACCGCCUCGAUGGGCGCCACACCUUCACGCUCCGAAGUGCCUGCACAACCACGAGAUGCUGUUCAGGAUCGUGUAUUGGGAAAGAGAAAGCGGGAUGACGAUACUGGCAAGCAUCUCCCAGAGUUGCAGACCAACAAAAUGGUGUACGGAGACAGAUACAUACAAAAAAACUGGGUGGCUGUCAACGGCAGAGACUCUGCGCCAUGGAUGACCGCCAGAGACUCGUCCGAUCUUCCUGGAGUGGCCCUUCACAAAGAGGUCCUCGACUUCUACAACUGGGUGAAGCCGAAGGACUUUGAGCAGCGAAUUCGAGACGAAGUCUUCCAGCGAUUGCGCGCCGAGUUUCAAAAAUGCUUGCCUGGUGGAGAUCUCCACGCCUUCGGAUCAUAUGCGGCUGGGCUCUAUCUUCCCACAGGCGACAUGGACCUAGUAUACGUCACGCGAAAUCUGAGGCCGGGAGUAUUGCCAGAGCCACGGGCCUCACGUCCACUGCUGUCCAAGUUCGGUACAUAUUUGAGGAGGCACCAUAUCGCCAGACCUGGAUCUGUCCUCGCCAUUGGUGGUGCGAAGGUACCAAUCCUCAAGUUCGUGGACAAUAUCAGCGGAUUGAAGGUUGAUCUUUCCUUCGACAAUGAUACCGGAAUGACGGCCAUUGAGACAUUCCAAAAGUGGAAGGAAAUGUACCCGGCAAUGCCUAUAAUCGUGGCGAUUGUGAAGCAAUACUUAAUGAUGCGCGGACUCAACGAUGUGGCUACCGGUGGAUUGGGCGGGUUUUCCACUAUAUGCUUGGUCACGAGUCUGCUUCAACAUUUACCAGCAGCAAAACAGCCUUUGAAUCUAGGCGAGGUCCUGGUCGAAUUCUUCAACCUUUAUGGGAACGUCUUUGACAUACGUGCGAUUGCCAUCAGGAUGGACCCGCCGGCAUAUCUGGACAAGGUAAUUGCUCCCAUAUUGUUUCGAAUUUACUAACGCAGCCCCUCAGAAUACCUACAUGCCCUACAUUUCCCGGAAAGACAAGUCAGACGCCCGACUCACCAUUAUCGAUCCAAAUCGUCCAGACAACAACAUAUCGGGUGGGACAAAUCAAAUCACUGAGAUUGUGAGAUGUUUCUCCUCCGCUCAUCAAAGUCUCAUGCUGCGACUUGAUGACUAUGAGAAGCGCACGGCGCAGAGCCCAACCAGCAGUCUGCUGGAAUGUCUCGUAGGUGGGAAUUUUGCUCAGUAUGAGGCGCAGAGACAGGUGCUUCACAAUCUUAGUCUCAAGUUGGCCCCUCCUCCCAAGUUGCCGGCGCCACCGAAGACAUUGCCCACCAAACCAAAGACAAAUGGGGUUUCAGCUACACCGGCUCUUUCCUCAGCCAUGUCAAAAAAUUCCCUGCCCGCGAGACCUCCUAGGGGACCUAAAAAUGUACGUUAUUGAUGAUGUCACCACAUGCCACGCAUCUUGACGCCUCGUAGGCCGAGAAUGGCGAGCCUGGCUCGUCUGUACUGCAGACCUCUUCCACCGAUAAUGAAGAGGAAGAAGAUGAAGAAGAGAUUACGAGAGGGAACUCGACUGUCGAGCCGAAGGGUCUUUCGAAAAGCGAGAAGAGGGCCACGCGCUUUAAACGACUGCGACCUGAGCUGGCAUCGUCUGUUGGCAAGACUCUGGGGAAUUUCCAGGCUAUGAACCUCGGAGGUUAUACAACCAAGGAAGCGAUGUUCAAGGACCUCUCCAUCAGGGAACUUGCCAUGACCAAAAGCCAGAACAAGAAAAGGUGAAGACGGAUCUUGGGCAGACCCCAAUGCUUGACCGUUGCAUGCAUGACUUAUGUUGAGAUUACCAGCGACAUCCAGGCUUGCCCGUCCCGAAGCGGAGGAGAGUGGCUAGUGGGAGCAUGUCUACAGUCUUAUUGUUUGCAUGCUUCUUCGAAGCCCACUUAUUGCUGAAAUCAAAUAACAUUCACAGUCUCUUUCCAAAAUCGGCUACCUACCUACCUACGGCAGCCCAUUGAGAAGCUACAAUUUUGAAAUGACUAAUUGAUGUCUAGGAUGGCGCAAGGGCACGAACGAGCAGACUCGACCAGCACCUUGAUGUGCAAGUUUCAGACCCUCCAAUGCCAACAAAUCCGAGACAGGUCAUCUUUCUGCUGGCGUCUCUUUUCGAGUUGUUCCCUCACACGUCUUUCACGUUCCUGCGUCAAGGUAAGAAAACGUCUGAAUCUCGACCAUAUCUCUGCUGCGAAUUGCGACCACGAAUCCAGCUCGGAAGCUGUCCCUCAGACCACUCCCGCCUCUUCAACCGCGGAGUCACUCAACGUGGACUCUCACGACUAUCC